CUGAGUCUGUGAAUCAGGCUGUAUUCAGGAGCUGCUAUAGUUUCUGCAGCCAUUUUUCCCCUCUGAUGCAGAGGGGAUCUCUUCACAAUCCAUUGCAUCCUGCAGCAACUAACGCAACACCAGGUGCGGGAUAUCCGGCAGUUUAAUCCCGGGAUUCUGCUGAUCAUUUAUAUGUUUUUAUUUGUUGUCUUUGCAUUUUAUUUCGCAGACAAAUCCCCGUUUGAAAUCAAUAGUUUUUUUGCCCCUUUCCUCUCCCUCUCUCUCGCUGCAAACAAAAGGGGGGAGUGGGGGGGCAAGAUUGCUGCCUUGCAAAACAUGCCAAAGGGAGUUUCCCCAGCCCCAGGCAGGGGUAUCAUUGGGGUGGUCUCUAGCUCCCAGAAAAAAGUUUUUAAUAUGGAAAAUGGAGGCACGGAAUUAUGCAGUCCCCAAAUCCCCAAUAUUCCCACCAGCUAUUUAACCCAGAAUGCAGGAGCAUUAUACUCUGAUCAGAGUGGGGAUUGUUUGUACACGACCCCUCACGGACCUGAACUUAGAACAAUAAGGAGUAUCACAGGACGGCUGCCGGCAAAACGGAAGUUGGACCUUGAGGGCAGUGGGCAUCAGUAUUUACCGGAAUUUCGAACUCCCAAAGGAAAGGGCAAAAUGCCGGCCAGGGUUCCCAGUCCAAAAACCCCCAAGUCUCCCGGAGAGAAGACGAGGUACGACACUUCGCUUGGGCUCUUGACCAAGAAGUUUGUCCACCUGCUCAGCGAGUCUCCCGAUGGCGUCCUGGACCUAAAUCGAGCGGCAGAAGUCCUCGAGGUUCAAAAGAGGCGGAUUUAUGACAUCACCAAUGUUCUGGAAGGAAUUCAGCUUAUCAGGAAGAAGUCCAAAAACAACAUCCAGUGGAUGGGCCGCAGUCUGUUUGAGGACACGUCGGUUGUGGAGAAGCAGCAGUGCCUCCGGCAGGACCUGUCUGACCUUGUGUGGAAGGAGAGGUCCCUCGAUGACUUGAUCCAGAGCUGCAGCACACAGCUGAAGAUGCUAACGGAUGACGAAGAGAAUCAGCGUCUGGCGUACGUGACGUACCACGACAUUCGCUCCAUCGGCAGUUUCCAGGACCAGACGGUGAUUGCGGUGAAGGCACCGCCAGAGACGAGACUGGAGGUGCCCAAUGUCCGAGAGGAGAACCUUCAGAUUUACCUCAAGAGCACCAAUGGGCCGAUCGAGGUGUACCUCUGCCCAGAAGAGAUGGCAGAGGAAAACAGUCCCGUGAAGCACUCCACCCCCAAGAAGGAGGAGAGCAGGAACGUGGCUUCCUUGCCGGGGACCAAUCCUGGCCCUGCAGCCUCAUCCCAGCAUGAGCCCGACUGUCCGAAAAUCACCUGCAAACGUGAAGUUAAGGAAGAAGUUGCAGAUGACCUGAAGCCGGUGCUGCCGAUCUCCCUGCUGGACGGUGAAGACGGUGUCCUGGGGCUCCCUCACCACCUCCUCCAACAGACAGAGGAUCAGCUUCCCUCCACCUCCUACGGCGACGCUCCUUUUGUCAGCUUCUCGCCACCCCUGGACCAUGGCGACUACCUGUGGAGCCUGGAGGACAGCGAAGGUGUUAGUGACCUCUUCGACUCCUACGACCUUGAUGACUUGCUGCCCAACUAGCACAGCCCACGUCCCCACCUUCUCCGGAGUGGACACCAGCCCCGCGUCCUAAAGGGUGUUUCCUCUUGUAGGGGAUGUUAAACAGGAUCAGAGUGACUGCAGAGGAAGGUGCUUUCCCUGAUGGUUGACUCUUAGUUACUUAAAGGAACAACCUGUAGGCUGUCUCUUGGGAAAUGGCAUUGAUAACUCGACAUUUUGAUCAGGCGCUGGAGUCCGUGGGGUUUUGUUGUGGUGGGGACAUGCUGAGGGAGCUGGUAAACUGUAACCUGGGGUCUGUGUGAGUGUAACCCUGUUAUACCUUCAGAUCUGGAGCUGUUUAGUAGAGGCUGUCUCACCAUCUCAUCUUCAGAAUCAGGUUUUAGUAUCACUGGCAUUGUGAAAUUUGUUGUUUUGCAGCAGUGGUACAACACAAUACGUAAUAAAAAAAAGUUAUAAAUUACAUUAAGAACAAUAUAAAAAAAAUUAAAUAAGUAGUACCAAAAAAAGGGAAAAAAAUACUGAAGUAGUGUUCAGGGUUUCACUGGAGUGAUCGAAGGGUAGCCAAACACGUGAAGCCUCGAUAUCCUGGGAGACUAGGCCAGGAGGCAGGCUGGGUUGGAUUGCUCUUCUACUAACAUUGAACCCCAUCCACACCUGAAGCUACGAUCUUGAUCAGAUUAUCUUGCAGGGCUUUGUGACCGAUUGCUUCCAACAUACGUGCUGUCCUGUCAUUGAGAGGGUCAAUGUCCCAUUCAAUCUGCUGUCCUGUCAUUGAGAGGGUCAAUGUCCCAUUCAGUCUUUUGCUCCCUAGAAUUGCGGAGUGGUUAGGUGAAAUGUGCCUGCAACCUGCAAGGUUUUUCUUCAAGUGUAGUCAAGAGUUUUUGCCGCAUGGGUGGCGGGCCUUGUGAUCGUCUCCUCUGCAGUUCAACCUGAAUUUUCAUUUUGGAGUGGCAUAAUUCGUAGACCAGCUCUAACUGUUGAAUUAAUCAGUUGAUGCCUGACAAACUAUGGUAGAUCAGGGGUUCCCAGUCUGGGAUCCACGGACUCCUUGCUCAAUGGUAUUGGUCCAUGGCAGAAAAAAGGUUGGGAACCCCUGUACUAGAGCAACACACGCACAAUGCUGGAGGAACUCAGCAAGUCGGGCAGCAUCUAUGGAGAGGAAUAAACAGUUGCCACUUUGGCCCGAGACCCUUCAUUGAGUUUUGAUGAAGGGUCUCUGCCCGAAAUGUCGACUGUGUUUUUCCCCUCCAUAGAUGCUGCCUGAUAUGCUGAGCCUCUCCAGCAUUUUGUGUGUGGUGCUCAGGAUUUCCAGAAUCUUUUGUGCUUAUAUUGAACCAUGGCAACAUUUUGUAAAUUGGGAGAUUACUGGUUCAGUGAUCUAAUCCUCAACUGGAGUUAUCCAUAUUUCACAAUGGAGACUGUUAAACAGUCUUUGCAUACUAUUUAAUUUCAUUUCAUGAGCUCUGGUUGAAUUCAGUUGAAGAUUCUUUUUGAACGAGGUAUUCAGUAACAGCUGGUGUACCAUAAUUGGGUUGGAAUUGUAGACCACUCCCCUCAUUUUUGAUGCCUUUUUGCCUAAUUGCUGUCGGGUGACUGUUUGAGUGUAGUGUUAAUGGGAUGGCUUCAUUGGCAUGUCCAGGAGGAAGGUACCGUUGAGGAGAGUGACUUAGUGAUGGUGAGACUUCCUCUACUUUGCACAGUGUGUUUGUCAGAUCCUUCUUCUGUAACGUGUUUACUGAACUGAAUUGGAUUCAAAUGGUGCUUUUUUUUUGUAAAAGAAAAUUAUUUUAAAUAUGGGUUUUAAAACUAAGCUAAUGUUUAACAAAUGUAAUCUAGUGAAAUCGGUGUUUCUCAGGGAAGGGGUUUGGGUGGAUGCUGGUCGCUUCCUGUGGAGUAAGGGAGCACCUUCCAAGAUUCCUCCUCUGUGGUACGUGCUGACUGGGUGGUGUGGUGUCACGUGUACGUUGACGCUGGAAUUUUUGAAUUGGUCUUCAAUAUGCAUAUAAUGCAAUGAGAUGCAUUUAGCACAUAAAACAGAGGAAGAUUCCCACAUGUUCUAUCGACAAUUUAAUUGUCCAGAACGUCACACUGGGAGUAUCCAAACUGUUGGCAAUGAUUUUGUAUUCUUUAGCAUUUUCUUUUUAAUUUGCUCUUUUAAAAAAAAGAUGUUGUUCAUCUAUUGUAAACGUGUUUGUUGUUAAAACUGUGGACUUCAAAUUGUGCCCCUAUCUGGGUACUGUAUUGGCUCUUCAUUUCUCAUAUCAACCCAGGCUACUGGGUGGAUCCCAGAAAAGGAUCGUUCCUACUGUUGUAUCUUAGAAUUUUGCAGUCCAAGCACUCGUGAUUUUAGUAUGUAAUGAAUUUGGAACAAAUUGUUAGUUGUAUUGUUCCUGUGGCAAGAGUAUUGAUGCCCUUUGCUCUAUUUGCCUCAUGCUUGUGUGUGUGCCUGAGGGAAGAGGUAAGGGUGUGUGUGUGUGUGUGUGUGUGUGGUAGCAACAGGGGAAGAGGAAUUCCUCAGACACACUAUUCAACUAAAUCAAAGUUUGAAAGAUCUUAUUUUGAACAGCACCUGGCAAAUUGCCAAAAAUAAUAGGUUAGACUGUGUGUAUAUGUGUGUAUAUAUAUAUUUUCUUGAAACUAACAAAUUGUGUACAUAGAGGAAAUUUUAGUUGAGGCCUUUAUAUAAAUUUGUGUAUAGGAGUGAGUGUGAGUGUGUGUGUGUGUGUGUGAGUGUGUGUGUGAGUGUGUGUGAGUGUGUGUGUGUGUGUGUUUCUAACAGUAGUGUUUCAGCCAGGAUUGCUCACUAGGAGACCAGCAGAGUUCAGCGUAGGGAGAUAGGGAGGUGCUCGUACCGAAACGAUGUGGAGAAGUUGUUUAUUUUCUAAUACUUCUGUCUGGUUUCUGUCAAAUUGCCAGGGUCAUGGUAAGGAAGAGGAAGGAACUCUGAAGACCGUCUAUUGACCUUGGCUAUCUGUGGACAUGCCACCUCCAUGGGCUUCAAAAUGGCAUGAACAUGGGUUCUGAGCUCCUAACCUUGCCCCUUGCCAGCAGGUGCAGUGUGUAGAGCUGGCGAUGUGACAAGCUGCUGUGGUAGAUCAGCUUAUUAUCUAACUGCACCCUUCACCCUUGAGGCUUGAGGGAGAGCGGUUGGGUGAGGAGGGGGUGUUGAAUGGGCAACCCCAACAAUAAUUGUGACUCUCAGGAGGGGAGAUGGUGAUGGUGGGUGUCGAGUACCUCUGGACCAACCCAGACAUCCCAACGAUUUUCAGGUCUGGAUAUUCAUGUUGGCAGGUUUAAAGGAAAAAUAACUGGAUGUAGAUCUAAGCUGGACAACCUAUUCUAGGACAGUAUGAACUUGAUGUACUGAACAGCUGUGUACUUGGAUUUUGUGAUUCUAUAGGGAAUUACCAUAAUCUGACAAAUGUAGAUUGGGGUGACUUGUCUUCAGACAUGUUCCCUGUCUGAUUCGUUAGAUUUGCACAAGUCCAGUUCGGCCAGCGGGCACUUAGCUGUUUGAUUAUAGAGAGCUGUUGCAUUGGCACAUUGUAGGUAUGCAAUAUUUCUGCUCGCCACUAGAGGGAGCAGUGGCAUUUCCUUUGUUCAACAGGCUACGAAUCGAAAACUGACAGGUGUAGAGGGCAAAGGGAUUAGAUUCAGGCAUUGGUGGGUAGAUGCUUUCUGUAGUAGUGGAGCAUAUUGAUGCCUCUUGUGGAUAGAACUGUCUUUGUAACAUUGUUUAUCUAGUUUCCUGAUUAUUAGUUCCUCUUUUCUCUUUUCUAUGUGCUCUCCCUCCUCCUGUGCCAACCCUGGUACAUUUUUCUGGAGGAAUCGUUAUUCAAACUCAUUAAUUUAUCAUGUGGAAUGCGUUGUUUGUGUUAACAACCAACACAAGCUAAGGAUGUGCUGGGGUAACUCGCAAGUGUCGCCACGCAUUCUGGCACCAAUAUGGCACGCCUACAGUGCUUGACAGAAUAAAAACAGAACAGAGCAACAGCAGAACAGGCCCCUUUCCUCCCCCCACCCACACAUAUGGACAGUCUUCCAACUCCUGGACAGACCUCCAGGCUUCAGGCUUCAGGCUUCGGCAUCCGGAUCACCGAUCAAUCUUUAGGCUCUGAUCUCCAAACUACCUGAUGGUGGCACCGCGAACUCCUGGCCUGCCCAGGUCUGUCUGGCCCUUGUGCCUCCUCGUGCUUCCCGCUCAUACAACUCAUGGUCACCAGACUUCGAGUGUGGAGUAGGAGCCUGGACUGCGGAUGUCCUGGUCACCCAGCCAGUUUCAGGCCUUUGACUAUCACUCCAAUCACCUCAUCAUUGUCUCUGUAACAACACAGCCAUUGGCUGUUCUCUGGCUAAUCUUUGAGAUGCCUGCCUUCCCACAGCCAAUCAACAACCAAGUAAAUUCGCACUAUUUAAUUGUCCAGACUUGUCAAAAACAAAUUUAGACACCCACCAAUUCCUAAAAUCAAUUAGCCCAUGAUCUGGGAAACAUUAACAUCCACCAUUUUCUUUAUAAUACUCUGUGACUUCGCUGGCAGCCAUGUUAUAGGGGUUGAUCCCUAUCAACAAGCGGUCCCGGUGUUGCUGAUAAUCAGAAUCUUUAGGUGUGAGAGGAAGGUUGUUUUUUACAAGUGCUGUCCGGCUUUUUGAACCUGUUCAGGCCUCUGUCCUGAGCUUUUAGAUGGGAUUGAGAACAGAAUAGACUGGAAAUAUGCAGCAUGCCACCUGACAAAAAGUCACCAACCUAAAGAGUCGAUCGACAGUUGCAGCCACAGGCUGGGUCAUUCCACAUGUCCAGCAUCUGCAGUUUUAUUUGAGAGAGACCUUGGUUUGCCCUUCUGUCACGUUAAAACCCCGAUAGAUCAUUGCUACCCUUGGGCUCCACAGUAGAGUAGUGGUUAGCAUGAACCUACUAUUACACGUUGGGGCCUUCCAGAGUUAGGAGUUCAAUUCCGGUGCCCCCUGUGCAAUGCGUGGGUUUUCUCCGGGUGAUCCGGCUUCCUCCCACAGUCCAAAGACGUACCGGGCAGGUUAACUGGUCAUUGUAAAUUGUCCCAUGAUUAGAUUAGGGUUAAAUUGAGGUUGGUGGUGGUUGUUGAAGCUGUGUGGCAUGAAGGGUGCACGCUGUGCUCUAUCGCUAAAUUAAUUACCUUCCAGAUUCAAGUCACUCCAGCUGAUGAUGAGGUGGGUGCAGCAUUAACACUUAAUGAAUCAGGUGUUUGGCCUGUGACCGGUGAGGUCUCGCAAGGCACAGUAGCAAUGGCAGAGAAUUGACCCAGUCUGACCUGGGUGGGUCCAUUGCAAAGAUCUCUGCUAAUGAAAAAGAGCAUCUCGUAGAGAUCAUGGCAACCAGGCCUCAAGUCUCUCCCUCACCCAUCCCACACUGUCCAUGUAACUUCCCUUCUCCUGACAUCUUCAUAAAAUGAAACCCAACACAUCUCCUCAUCCCUCUUUCCUAAGCAUCAACUCUCGACCCUGAGAAUUUCCUGGCAGUUCACCUUUUUGGGUUGAGCUCCAUGGAAUUUUCUCAGUUUUGCCUGUAGUUACCCUGGCCUUAUGUUUUAUCAUUAAAAAGCUUCCUUGUCUUAAUAGCACUGACCAAAUAGAGUAUUUUAAAUUUGACAUGGGAUAGUGAAUGAGUGUAUGCUUCUGUGUCUUGUUUCAUUCAGUGAUGACAGAUAUUGAUAGGAGUCCAUAACUCCAAAUGAAUUUACCCACUGACGUCUGAGUGAAUAUUGUGUGUGCAUGUGUUUGACGUCUCUUAGUUCCCUCCUAUAUGAUUCAUUCUUGGAUAUAAUCCAAACAUAACCAUAAAUUUGAUCUGUUUAGAUCACUUUCCGUCUAUUGUUCUCUGUUUGAACAGUUGACUAGGCCAAACUUGUCUGUUAAAAUUAUGUUCAUGUUAUUUUUUGUUUGUGAAAUGUUAAAUAACUUAAAUAGUUGUCAGGUUGACCAAAAGAAACCCAACUUGUGUGUGAUGUGUAAUAUUUGUGCACCAGUUUUCAAGAAUAGUGGGAGUUUGUGUCACCAUCUGAGGUUAAUUCCAGUUUUUCUAGACGUACAGUAACUUUCAGUAAGUCCAUUAAGGGUGCAGCUGGUUGGACAAUGAGUAAACCUUGUGUCAACCUCCUCCAACUCAGUUUCAGUCUAUGGUGUGGCACAACUUAGAGUAAGAUUUUGGCCAGGCCUUUUGGGCCAUCUUGCUCAAUACUAGUUCUCUAAAAGAAUAAUGCACUUGCAUGGAGUUAAAUAUUUUCCAGGAAUAUAUUGGUUUUAUCUUUAUUUCUUUAAAGGGUACUUUUCUGUCAGUGUUGGGUUAAGCACAUUCCAUGUCUUAAUCUCAGAUUUUAAAUUUACUUGUUAAGUAUAAUCGGUUUGUUGCAAAGAACAUGUGCAAAAGAAGUACAGAAUACAAAUAUGGUCAUAGUUUGAAACAAAAUUCUGUUUGCUUCCAUUCCAAAGAUGUUACCUCAGAAUUAUGCAGGUUCCUACACAUGGGUCAAUUCCCUUGCACUUUUGUUCAAUGGUUCUAACUCUGGUCUCGCCAAUAUUAUUCAGUGAUGGAGAGGACGGGGACUCCGUGUGGAGGCCAGAAUUGGAUCCAAGAGGGCAAAGGUGAAGGGUACUUGCCCCAUUGCCAAUAUUCUGUUGUUUGUAACCAUUCUCUGCAGACUUAUGCCUAGAAAUUAAAUUGUAUACUGUUGCUGUUUCAGUGUUUGUGAUUAAAAAUAGAUUUUGUUUUUGAAUCUCAGUGAUGACCAGUUGAUGGCUGUUUUGUAUAACUCUGGGGAAACUCAACUCAAUGUUUUCUGAACUUUGUGAUUUGCAUUGUGCUUGGGCAGGGUGAUCUCCUUCAGGGCGGCUUGGUGGUACGCUUCACAGUACCAGCGACCCAGGUUCAAUUCCCACCACUGCCUGCAAGGAGUUUCUACGUUCUCCCCGUGACCGCGUGGGUUUCCUCCGGGUGCUCUGGUUUCCUCCCAAAGAUGUACUGGUUAGUAGGUUAAUUGGUCAUUGUAAAUUGUCCCGUGAUUAUGCCAGGAUUAGAUCUGGGGUUGCAGGACACCAUGGCUCAAAGGGCCAGAAGAGCCUUUUCCGCGUAGUAUCUCAAAAAAAAAUAAAGAACCCGACAAAUAAUAGAUAAAAGGACAUUGCAAGACAGCGUGGGGAAAAUCCCGGCAUUCUGAGUGAAUGGCAGAAUGGAAUCAUAAUCGGGCUCACUUUGCCUCGUCCAGUCAGGAAGCCUCAGAGUUUCUAGGCUCUUAUCAGACCUGCAUAGUGGCACCCAAACAGCUGAUGAUUGAAACAUUAUUUAAUUGUUUUGCGGAAUGCCCAAUGAUAAUUGAAAAUUUCUAGGCAAUUCUACAUCAUAAAUUGGGUAGCCUCCAAAAUGUUGGCAUGAAUAUUGAUUUCUCCUUCUGGUAAACAAAUUAACCCCUCCUCCUUCCUCUAUUCCCUACUCUGACCCUUUACAUCUUCUCACCUGCCCAUUACUCCCCCCCGGGUCUCCUCCUUCCCUUUCUCCCAUGGUCCACUCUCCUCUCCCAUCAGAUUCUUUCUUCUCCAGCCCUUGACUUUUCCCACCCACCUGGCUUCACCUAUCACCUAUCACCUUCCAGCUAUCUGCUUUCCCCUCUACCCACUUUUUAUUCUGGCAUCUUCCCCCUUCCUUCUCAGCCCUGAAGAAGGGUCUCUGCCCAAAACGACGACUGUUUAUUCAUUUCCGUAGAUGCUGCCUGAGCUGCUGAGUUCCUCCAACAUUUUGUGUGUGUGUUGCUUUGGUUUUCCAGCAUCUGUGGAAUUUCUUGUGUUUACAUCGUAAAUCAGUUUGCUUGCACGCUUCAGUUUGAGUGGCCAAUUUUCUUUUUGUCCUGUUUUGCCAGUUUCCCUCACCUUCUACUCUGCCCGUUUCUCUUUCAUCUUCCCCUUUCUGAACAUUCAAAACUUUUGUUUACCGUUUUCUUAUGUUCUGAUCUUAAGUCCUGGAAAGGAGAGAUUUAACAAAGCUGUUUUCAAAGUCAGAGUACUUUGAGCUCAAUUGAAAUGUAAUUUUUUAAGCUGUCUCUGAAGGCCUAUCUAAAAAGAUGUAGUGAUGUAUUGUCUUUUGUUUGUAAGAACGUGUACAGGAAGCAGUGUUCGGUUAGAAAGCUUGAAACUGCUUCUCUAUUCAGCGUAAAGAUUUGGCCAAGGAUUGGGAACUGUCCAGAAGCUUAACAAAUAUUGCACAAUAUGAAAUUGUCCUCUCUCAGAAUCAGGUCUAUUAUCACUGGCAUACAAUCCGUGGCCACUCUAUUAUGGUACAGAGGAGGAACGCGAUGAGGUUUUCUGCUGUUGUAGCCCAUCCGUUUCAGGGUUUGAUGUGUUAUGCGUUCAGAGAUACUCUUCUGCACAUCUCUGUUAAAAUGCAUGUUUAUCUGAGUUGCUGUAGCCUUCUGUCAGUUUGACCCAGUCUGACCAUUCUCUUCUGACCUCUUUCUUUAACAAGGCACUUUUGCCCACAGAUCUGCUCACUGGAUUUUGUUUUUGUUUUUCACACCAUUCUCUGUAAAUUCUAGAGAUGGUUGUGUGUGAAAAUCCCAGGAGAUCAGCAGUUUCUGAGGUACUCAAACCACCCUCUCUGGCAUCAACAAUCAUUUCCCGGUCAACGUCACUUAGAUCACAUUUCUUCCCCAUUCUGAUGUUUGGUCUGAACAGCAACUGAACCUCUUGACCAUGUCUGCAUGCUUUGAGUUACUGCCACAUGAUUGGCUGAUUGGCUAUUUGCAUUAAUGAUAGGUGUACCCAAUAAAGUGGCCACUAUGUAUGAUACUUGUGAAUUUUGUUCUUUUGCAGCAGUAGUACAGUACGAUACAUAAAAUACACUAUAAGUUAUGGGAAAUGACUGAUCUAGGGUUCUUUAUUUUGUGAUUCUGGGGAUGAUUUUCUGUAAUUUCUAGCAUUUAUCAUCUCUGUAUUUGUGUUCUUCUGUACUGGACCUGCAGAAUGACUUUUGGUGAUCUGACCUGUACAAGACCUGCCCAAUACUUACUAUCUCUCUAUCAAAUUAAGGACCUUUCACCUUUUACAGAACCUUCAUCUAUCAGACAGGGUAGAAUCUGGCCUCUAACCUCCUGCUGGUCUCACUGGACUUUGAAUGUUCGCACUUAAUUCCCAAUCACACUUUAGUUAUUUAUGUGCACAGGGAGAACAAUUCAGUCCCCCUCACCACAUUGUCCUGAAAUGUUAGCUCAGAAUUGACAGUUUUUAUACAAAUAUUCAUCCAGUCGAAAUCGUGUGCAUUCCAUUGGUGCAUAUAUACAGUACAUUUUCGGGUGUUAUAACCAAUGAAAUGUGUAAUAUACAGUAAUAACUUAAAUUUAGUAAAUUAACUGUCCACCAGCCAGCGUGUGCCCUACAAUCCUGUAUUUGCAUCACUAUCUGGUCUUGCUAUUCCUGGUGACCCUGACUCUCGUGCUUGAACGGAGAAGCUGUGUAAAUAGGAGAUAGGUUCUCCAGGCCCGGUUCUGCUUGGGUGACUGUACAAUGUUUGCACGUUGUCUCUGUCAGCUCAUCAUCUUAACCCCUUGCCUUGUUGCAACCUCCACGCCGCCUCCCUACUAACCCCUCCAUACACACGUGAACAUACUCACUGAGGUCAAAUAACUUGGCGAAGUUCGAGGAUUGGGCUGAUGCGCAAGGAGCAACUCAGGUAUCCAGCUCAGGACUUUGCUGUGCCGGUUUUAAAAGUACUGGAACGGACUGGAAACUUAAGCUUUUCGCACCUUAGUAUAAAUGCCCUGUUCAACGAGAAGAGCCGGAUAUUGUUCUGAACACGUUAACUCCUGUAGUCUUCUUCUGAACACAUCGAACCCACACAAUAAAAACACUGGGGAAACAAGGAACAGGUUUGAGCAAGCGUUAAGUGUUUUGACUUACUUUCUGUAAAUGAGAAAAGAUCCUCUCCCUGUCUCAGGAGGUGCCUGUAAGUGUAAAAUUGUAUAUAGGGAAAUCUGUAUAUUUACUUAAGUGUGAGCUGUUGCUGUAGUUCCCACUAUUGUAUUUAAAUGUUAGUUUUUUUUAGCUGAAAGGGGUUUGCUAGGAUAUUGAAUGUGCAAAAGUUGUGUGAGUGUGUGUGUGUUUUUAAAUGCAGAAUAAAACAAGUGUGGCACUUGCAUUGGUACAAAAAAAAGAAAAUAAAUGACUUCAUUCUCUUGAGUCUUUGAGCUUUUAUUUAAGACAGCAGUUCCCAGCCGGGGUCCGUGGACCCUCAGUGAGUGGUAGGAGUCUGCGGUUGGACAGCAGUUCCCAGCCGGGGUCCGUGGACCCUCAGUGAGUGGUAGGAGUCUGCGGUUGGA